AAAAAAAAGAAAAUAACAUGUGCUAAUGUCAUACACCCUGAGUGCUUUUUCAUAUCUUCAGUGUGUUUCAUCCACACAGCCACCUUAGGAAUGAAGGAAGUUAGGAUAUCCCUGUAAGUGAGAACAUAGAACCUUAGAUAAGUUAUGCGGCUUGACCUCAGGUUGUGCAGGAUUCAGAUGGCAGGAGAGGCACUGAGUCAAGUUCUAGGACUGGUAUUGCAGACUGACCUCCAGGGAGAGGCCCAGAUCCGAUCUGCAGAGGUCUCCCUUCUGGCUAUCGUGGCUGCUGUUCAGGUGGUGGAGAAGAAGAUGGAACCCCAGGCUGCCUGGCUACAGAGCCUGGAGGGAUGCACACGGACAGCCGAGGAGAAGCUGGCUGACUGCGAGAAGGUGGCUGUGAAGUUUGGGAACCAACUGUUGCUCAGGCUGGAGGGCAAGUGGGCCAUGUUGGGGACUCUGCUGCAGGAGUACGGGCUGCUGCAGAGGCAGCUGGAGAACGUGCUGUGCAACAGAAACUUCUGGAUCCUGUGGCUGCCCCCAGGCAGCAAGGGGGAGGCCCCCAAGGUGCCCGUGACUCCUGAAGACACGGUCGGGUAUUUCUCAGAGCAGCAGGGUGGCGGCCUGGAGGACUCACAGAAGGAGCUCUACAAACGUGUUGUGAAGGGGAGCUGCGAGACCCUGAGCUCCCUAGGUCUGCAGAGGACAGCCCUGCCACUGCCCUUUUCCUCCCUACAGGCCGGGCCACCACCAAGCCAGAUCUUCUGGUGCCACUGGAGAAAGGACACCAGGCAGGCAGCUGCAGCCUGCCCAGUGCGGAGAGGGGCCAGAGCCUGGGCCCUGACGCAGGCCAGCUGGAAACACCCCAGGAGUUCCGGCCUGGAUCAAGCAAGAGGCAGGGGCAAGUGGGAGGAGCCAGCAGGGCCCACAGGAGACCACUGUGGCACACCUGUGCUCAGAGACCUGUCUGAGCCGCAAAGAGGAGUCUGGAGGGAGGGUCCGAGGGACACAAGCCAGCCUGGGCUGCUGGAGGGGGGCCUGGCAAGGAGGGCUGUCGGGGAAGCACCUGUGGGGGUCUGCUUCCUGACCCCAGGGAGCGAGAGGUGGCCUUCCUCCCUCCAGGCCCUCCAAGCCAGGCUGAGCCCGCUGCUAGGGGCAUGGAGCAGUGCCCACCUUGCGCCCAGUGGGGCCAGAGCUUCGGCUGGAAGGAGCUCAGCCCGCAGCAGGAAUGCGCGCAUCAUGCCCCACGGCCUUUCGCUAGUGCUCAGUGUCCCAAGAGCUUCCCGCACUGGGCCACUCCCGCCAGCCACCGCCAGGCGCAUGUGGCCCAGCGCACCUACACCGGCGCCAGAUGCAGUAAGACCUUUGUCCACCAGUCGACGCUCACACCCACUACCCCAUGCACAUCGGGGAGAAGCCCUACGAGUGCGCCGAGUGCGCCAAGGUCUUCGGCGGCCGGCGGCCUGUCGACGCUGCUGGAGCACCGGCACACACACAUCAGCGAGAAGCCCUUCCAGUGUGCGCAGUGCGACAAGCGCUUCACGCGCCUGGCCAACCUGACCGUGCACCAGAGGAUGCACUCGGGCGAGCGCGCCUUCCAGUGCGCCCAGUGCGGCAGGCGAUUUGCACAGAAGCCCGGCUUCCUGCGCCAUCUGUGCGGCCACUCGCAGGAGAAGCGCUAUCCUUGCAGCCGGUGUGGCGAGAGCUUUACCUGUCCCUCCUGGCUCAUGUGUCACCAGGACAGCCAUGCUGGUCAUGCUUCUCCACCUUGCCUGGUUUGUGAGAGGGACUCCCCGAUCGACGAGCCGCCCACGGGCCUCAGGGAUGCAGUGCGGGGGAGCGCCACUAGUGAUCCUUCUGCCGCAUUCAGAUUUGAGGGCACCGGUACAGAGCUGAGCCUCAGGAGGUGCCCUGGGGACAGGCAGCGGAGCAGUGGUGAUCAGGAAAGUGUUGCGGGGAGUCCCUUGGACAGUUCUUUUUCUCGUGUGAAGAUGGAGAAUGUGGGUAGCACCCAGAGAGCUCCCUAAAGGGGCUCUGAGGGCACAGGGGCAGUUGGUGCCCCUUAAAUCCAAGCGGCCUCUCCUGGGGGUCACUUGUUGACCAGGUCGAAGUAUUCUGGCCAUGGUCAUGGCUUCCCAAGGGAGGGCUGUUCUCCCAGGCACUGCGAUUGCCCGCGGGGCUUCUCGUCGCAGGGAGGCAUGCAGGGAGGCAGGGAUGUGGCCGGGAUAGAGGCCAGUCCCAAACACCUGAGCCUCACUGAGGGGAAGACCUGGGCUGGGAGAUGGGGUGGGCAGGAGUGGCCGGCUUUGCCUUGUUCUAUUAGGGGAGUGAUUUUCAGAGACAAAGGUUCCAGUUAGGAGAUGUGAUUACUCAGUGCUUUGAAGGGACAUCCAAGGUAUUCACCCUUAGCCAUAGCCGUUGGUUUCCUGGAUACUGACUGUGAAGAUUCUAAAGUGCUUCCUAGGGUGGGCAGUGGUGGCAGGAGGCCUUGGACGGAGUCCAGGCCAGGCCCAGCCUCCUGUUUAAUAGGCUGAGCCCAAGCAUCCCUCAGAUGUGAAUCCAAUAGCCUUGGUGAGCUGUAAAAUGUUUCAUGGAAACUUGCACUGACUUCUGCCUCCCCCUUGCCCCUAUUACCUGGGAAAGGCAGCUUUGUGGGACGUAUGUCCCAGAAGGGCCUGGGCUGGCUGUGGCCCAGUGCUCAGGACCAGCCAUCUUGGCUCUUACAGGGCACUGUCCAGUUGGUGUAGUAUUUGCCUUCAAGCCGUUAUUGGAGCAGGCAGGCAAAGGGGGCUUUCUGAGGAUCCAACCUGUGCCAGUCACUGGGAUACAAAGAAGACUGAGGCCUGGUUCCUAGCUGUGGGGCUGGGAGGGGUAUCUGACGUCAAUGGUGGCACCUGGCAGAGGACACACAGACACCAGCAGGCAGCAAGGGCUGCAGUAAAUGUUGCAGAAGCACCUAAAGGUUGAGCAGAAGGGAGGUAGGAAACCUGGACGUGGGCUGCCAGCAGCUGAGAAGCCCCCCUGAGAUCCUGGUGACCCCACCACCAUCUGAAGAUUUAGGCCAAUCACUAGGGCUUUUCAGGCAGGCCCUUAUGGUGGCUCGCCAGUUUGGGACCCUCCCAUUUUGAUACAUUAGUUCCUCCUCAGCUACUGGAGAUCUCAGCCACAACUGGGCUCUAGCUGUGACCCAGACUCUGCCAGGAUUCUCUAGAUCCUCAGCUGUCAGAUGAUCCCGUGUCCCCCUCCUCCUCCCCACUAAACCCCCAGUGCUUGACAUGAAGGCAUGUGUGCUUCCUAGGACUAGAGGCCGGUGCUGUCUCUAUCAUUGCCCUCGCUUUAAGGGCCACACGAGCAGAUGGUAGCAAGCCCUGGAGAGCAGCACGCGGGCAGUGAGGCGGCUCUGGCACUGCCCUUGGACUUCCAUGUUUGUAGCUUGAGUUGGUUUUUAUUGGAAGCUCUGUGAUUUACAUAAUCACUUACAACCUCUGUAAAUAAGGAACCAUGUAUGAGGAAUUGUAAAUUUCCUCUCUCCCCCUUCUUAUCCUGUCUGUGAUCUUGUUUGUGAUGCAGUCAUGAUAUUCCACUCUAGGUUCCCAUGAUCAGGGGUGAAAUAUAGUGAUUUUCACCUGUGCUUCCAUUCUGAAGCUCUGAAAAGAAGUACUGGAUGGACUGAAGUCCAGGACAGUGUCCCAAAGAAAGGCAGAGUCCAGGUGGGCUUGGAGGACCAAGGCCUGGAUGGGCACUGGAGGGCAGAGGCCUCAGUAUCAACGCCUGGAGGGCACAGGCCUCAGUGUCAACGCCUGGAGGGCACAGGCCUAUGUCAACACUUGGAGGGCAGAGACCUCAGUAUCAACACCUGGAGGGCAGAGACCUCAGUGUCAACGCCUGGAGGGCAGAGACCUCAGUGUCAACGCCUGGAGGGCACAGGCCUCAGUGUCAACGCCUGGAGGGCAGACGCGUCAGUGUCUGCCACUGUGCCCUGCACAUGGAAAGCCCCUAUGUUUGUGGAAUGAAUGAAUAAAAAUGUUUUCAUAAGUGA